AUGGCUUUAAGAAACAAAGCUGAAAUUAUGAUGCCAUGUUACAAAGCAAAUGUGUAGGAUAGAUAGAUUUAUAAUGUAUUGAAUGUAUGUAUGGUUCUAUUAUUUCGCAAUGAAAACAUACAGUAAAUGUGUAAACUAAUAAUACAUUCUGAACUGUUGUGUGGUUAAUAAUUGACUUGUCAAGAUUUUUCGUACUUUUAUUUUAAAAUACAUGCCACCUGGGCUUUUAUUGUGAAAUACGUGACUACUGACUUCUAUUUUGAAAAUUGGUCGCCGACCAAUCAGCAUUACAUAAACACUGUCCUUGAGAGAUAAUGCAGGGAGAAGUAAAGGGGACCUAGUUGUUUUUUCUGUCAACGCGAAAUUUAGUUGUUUAUUUGACUAAAAAUGUCAGUGAAACAUGCUCUCGGUCGGGGGUUGGAGCUGGCGAGGUCAGUUUUCCAGCUGGGUCUCUUCAAACCAGCCGGCCGUGUGGCAGCGAAGUUCCGCGGUGAGCGACUGCGUGUGUCCCGGCCGACCCGCACCGUUCAGCCGCAGACCUUCUUGCCUGGCCGGUACCGCUUCUUCCGCCGGUCUCUCAGCGGGCUGGCCGCCCAGCUCCAGUCCGGCGCUUUUAGGAGAGUGAUUGGGGGUGUUUCACCCAGGAACAGGACUGUUUUCCUGGCUUUUGGGGUGGGUUUAACGCUGAUUGAACAGCAGUUGGAGGAGGACAGGACAAGCAUUGCUGUGUGUCAGAAGAUACAGACCGUAUUCACUAAGACGAAGUUCCAGAGCCCACUGAAGGCCUUUACCUCAGGGUACAAGUUGGAGGACUAUGUCACUGGGAAACAGAUCGGGAAAGGUUGCAGUGCAGCCGUGUAUGAGGCAGCGGCUCCGUUCGCGGCCCCUGCGGAGAGAGAGAAGUGUUCACUGGUGGACCUGAACCAGAAGGAAACUGGCAAGAAAGCAGGGCCGUUCCCUGCUACACCCAGCUUUCCUUUAGCUAUGAAAAUGAUGUGGAACAUUGGGGCUAGUUCAUCAAGUGACGCCAUCCUUCGCUCUAUGUCUAUGGAGUUGGUUCCUGCAUGUCCACGUGCCUUAUCCAAAGAGCAAGAAGAGAUUGCUUUGGAUGGGCACUUUGGAACAGUGCCUAAACGGCUGACCGCUCAUCCCAACGUGAUCACAGUGUACCGGGCCUUCACCGGGGAGGUCCCGCUGCUGCCUAGAGCUCAGGAGGAGUACCCUGCUGUCCUGCCUGCCCGACUCAAUCCACUGGGUUUGGGCAGGAAUCGAACACUGUUCCUGGUCAUGAAGAAUUACCCAUACACACUGCGGCAGUACCUGAAGGUGUGUGAGCCAAACCAGAUGCAGGCCUCUCUCAUGUUGCUGCAGCUGCUGGAAGGGGUGGACCACCUGUGCAGACAGGGCAUCGCUCACAGAGACCUCAAAUCGGACAAUGUGCUCCUGGAAUAUGACAGCACCGGGUGUCCCAGACUGGUGAUCACUGACUUUGGGUGCUGUCUGGCAGAGGAUUUGGGCCUCCAACUGCCCUUCGACACCAACUUGGUCAACAGAGGGGGAAACUCCUGUCUGAUGGCACCUGAGGUGGCCACAGCAGUCCCAGGUCGAGGGGUGACGAUUGAUUACAGUAAAGCAGAUGUCUGGGCCGUCGGGGCGAUUGCCUAUGAGCUCUUCGGUCAGCCAAACCCCUUCUACAGCUCACAGGGGCUGGAGAGCCGCAGUUAUCAGGAAAGACAACUCCCUCCACUUCCUGCUGCUGUUCCUGCUGAUGUCCAGCUAGUAGUGAAGCUCCUGCUACACAGAAACACUCGCAAGCGCCCCAGUGCACGUGUGGCCGCUAACAUGCUUCACAUCAGCCUGUGGGGCAAGCGUGUCUUGGCCAGCUUGGAUCGGGCCAGAAUGGAUAAAAUGAUCGACUGGCUGCUGUGUCAGUCUGCUGUGGUUCUCCUGAAGAGUCGUGGACCCAGCGGAAGCUCUGUGGAAACUGAACUCCAGAGAUCCUUCCUCGCCAACAUAGACCUGGAGGACGUCCGCACCGCUGUCAGCUUCCUCAUGUAUGGACAAGAGCAGGGGCAAUCUCUGCUCAUGCACUACCCUGAACUAUAGUGUGUGUGUGUUUACUGUAGAAACAAGCACAGCUGAUUACAAAGUGAGUGAUCAUUUUUCCAAGCUGUUCCUUUCAUUUCUCUCUGUAGACUGUGAAAGCACUUUAACUUUUAUGUCUAUAUCACAGUCAGACAUAUUUUGAAAUUAUGGCAAUUUAUGCAUUUGCACUUUUCACUAUAUAUAAGAAUACUUUAUGCAGUUUAGAACACUUUAGAAUAACCAUAUCAGCAUAAUAACCACACUGACUCAAACCAGGUACAAACUCAUGAGUUGAUUGGAGAGGUUGAAAAAAUGGUUGGGAUUUGUGAUUGUAAUUUGAAAAGGAAAGGCAUGUCAGAGGUGGAGCAAGUUUUUAAGUUUUGAUAAGUUCACCAUGACAGUCUUUUAAAUAACACCUUCGGAUAAAUUGUACAAUAAGACCAGGCAUUGUGCAUUAAAAGUAAGUAGAGGGACUUUUAAAUGCAUGUUGACUUUAUAAUGUAUAUCCUGGAAAGAAGCCAAAAAGAAGUGUAUAGUAUUGAAAUAUGUACUCUUUUGUAAUGUGGUAAUAAAACAGUUUGGUGAUUGGUUA